UGCGACUAUCACUGUGACAUGCAACCAAGGCUACUCCACUGGUGUUUCUGGAUUUACAGAUCUCACUUGUGAUGAUGGUACCUUUUCUCCUUCACCUCCUACUUGUUAUGAGAAUUGCAUGGUAACAGUACCUUUAUCAGAUUAUUCGGCGAAUGUUCCAGUUGACCACGGUGAAAGAUUCAACGUAACCUGUAACCCUGGCUAUUCCUUUGAUUCAGCAUCAUAUCUAGAGCUCAGUUGUGAUAAUAGCAUCUUGUCUCUUGAUCCACUUUCCUCAUGUAACGAUAUUGACGAGUGUACUCUUGAUUCGAGUCUCUGUACCGAUGGCCGAUGCUUUAAUCUCAUUGGAAAUUACACCUGUAUUUGCAACAGUGGUUUCGUGUUAACAGACCUACAUUCUUGCACUGCUCUGCCCAGCGUUAGCAAUGUGGCGACGAGUACAGCGUCAGUGACUUUGCAAGGAGCAAAGCUAAAUGGUGAAGCCUUGGUAUACAGCGCCGAAUUGACCGAUAGGACAUCAGCCCUAUUCAUUGAAUUGGAACUUCAAUACUGUGUUGUGGUAAGCAUUCCUCGCUAA